CUUUGCUUCCUCUUAUAUAAAACCCACGUCAGGUUCAGAAAAGUUAUUCUCAUUUUAGACUCCACCAUUUCACACCACCGCCUCAGCAAACAUGCCCAUUAAGGUUGGAGACAGUCUGCCAGCUGUGGAGGUCCAGGAAGGCGAGCCAGGAAACAAAAUCUCCAUCUCCCAACUCUUCAAAGGGAAAAAGGGUGUAUUGUUUGCAGUGCCAGGGGCUUUUACACCUGGAUGCUCCAAGACGCAUCUCCCGAGCUUUGUGGCUGGUGUUGAGAAGCUGAGGAGCAAAGGUGUGCAGGAGGUGGCCUGCGUGUCGGUGAACGAUGUGUUCGUCAUGGCCGCGUGGGGAAAGGCACAUGGCGCGGAUGGCAAGGUGCGAAUGCUGGCCGAUCCCACAGGAGCCUUCACCGCGGCAGUGGAUCUCUUUCUGGACAGUGAUGAACUUUUAAAGGUGCUCGGUAACAAGAGAUCCAAGAGAUACGUGAUGGUCGUCAAAGACGGCGUGGUGAAGAAGCUCAGCGUGGAGCCUGAUGGUACCGGUCUCACCUGCAGCUUAGCCUCCAACGUCCUUUCUGCCCUGCUCUAAAAGCACCAACUUCAACAGCCAUGGGGAUGGGGACUUCUCCCUCAUUACUCCCUUAGCUCUGGUCAAUAUUUUCAGCUCUUGCAUCAAUAAAAUUAAAAUGCAACUUCAGCUAGAAAGCACAGUGGUACUGUAUUAGAGGUUAUAUGGUUUAGUUAGAUAUAUACGCACAACGUGACCCUUGUACGCACAUUAAUCUGAAAUGCUGUACUGCACAAUACUGUUUGUUACCUUUAUCAUGAAUUUGUUAAAAAUAAACAAACUUGCAGUCUGGUGAA